UUUAUUUAUUUACACAACUAAAACCAAGAUAAUGAAAUCAAGGGGAAAAAAACCCCAAAAACCUUGGGCGAUUAUACCGAACUUUGUGUCUAUUGUAAUGACACACUUUAACACAGGAAAGUUUUCUCUAACAUUAUUAAGAACAGAACCUGUUUACCGGUCAAAAAUACUAGAUGUCUCUAGUGAACUUGAAAAUUUGCAAAACAUACAAAAACGUAUCACCUGGGGAAAGUUACAGCUGUAACAAACAAGGAAGAAUUUCUGAUUAAAAAGGAACAUGACUUAUUUUGUCCCAAUUGCUCAGAAAAAAUUCAUAAAUACAAUGACUAGGUUGAAAACAAUGUUCCAGAGGUCUGUCCUCACAUAUUGGUGCAUACAGAGCUUGGACAGACUUUCUGUUGGCCCCAUUCCUUGAAGAUCAGUCAUCUGUGUUGGUGAAGAGUCACAGCCUUCAGAUUUGUGCACUGGGUUGUUAGGCUACUUAUUCACAGGUUCUUCCUCUUACCAGGCAGCAUGUUUCAGACCUCCAGGGAAGUGCACGAAGAGCCUGGAGCGGGCACAUUCCUGCUGUGGCUGCCCAUGAGUUUGCUAGGCCUGCCUCUACCCCAUCCAUAGCUUCUACUGGAUGUGAGCAGACCAGUGGAAGCCAAUGUCUCCCCUGCUAACAGCUGGAUCCAGGUAGCACACAUUUCCCUUUGACCUUUCUUUAAUGGAGUUGUUUCAAGCAGAGACCAGUACUCUUAGAAUUGCUUCCCCAUUUAAAACAGAAAAAAUGCUCUCCUAAAAUCCAAUUUCACAAAGUAUUACUUGUCUUUCAUAUGUUUACACUUGAAUACCAUCACACUUAUGCAGCAGACUAAACCAAUGCCUUCAUAUUUCACAUGCUCUCACGUAACAUUUGUGCUCCGCUAAAGGCUUGAAAUCCUGGGCUACUGACAAGACACUUUACACAAAACAUAGCCAAAAGCAAGUUCCCGUGUUGCUCAGCAAGUCUGACACCCUGGAUUAAUCUACUCACAGCUGCUGAAGGGAGUCUCACUUCUCUUUGUCCACUCCCAUCCAUGGAGCUCUGUUGCUCCUCGUGUCUAGUUUGACUCAAUUUUGCUUGCAAUAUCAGAAGCACAUUUUUGCAGGAUUUUCUUAUGGCAAUGUCCAUGAGCUGUUAGGUUGGUUCAGCUUCUGGGUAGACCACACCCACUGCUAAAGCCUACUUCCCCCCAGCAAAAUUUUUGUUUUUGUAGCCAGAAGAACAGGGAGGUGCUUUCUGGGGAUGAUGACACAAUGCCAGCCAAGACUCUUCUCUAACCACUGCUGAUUUUAUACUGGCAAGGGCUCAUUUCUCUAUUUGAUGAACUCGAGUCAUGCAACUAUCUCAACUACUACGUGCUGACUCACAAAACCUCACAGGUCAACUUCCUGUCAGUCCUGCCUGUGGCCCUAUGUAAAGAUGACUCAAUAUUCCUAAGCAAAUGGACCCAUUUUCCAGAUUCUACUGAAAUUUUGAACAGAUUACUAAAACAGAAGAAUGUAUCUCAAAUUCAAAAAGAUACCUCUCCUGAAUAGUUAAGUUUUUUUUAUGUUCUAGUUAUUUUCUGAGGUAUGAGAUUUACAGAUAAUCCUGCUUGUCCCUCAAGUAAAGGACACAUUUUAAGGUAGAUUGUUGAAUGGAAUCCCUACUGAUUCUUCACAGGCAUUUCAGACCCAGCCUUUCAAACUAAGGUUGACCUGAGCCUGAGUUUUCCUGGUGUUACAUUCUGUCACAGCAGAAUGCAUUCCUGUCCAUCUUGUCCAGUUGCAUUCUAGGCUUCAGCAUGGCAAAACCACCACUUAACAGGAGAAUGGAGUAUCACAGCUGUGAAAACUGAACUGGACUACAUACCCACAAACCUUCAAUAAUAUAAUCCUUUAAAGAAAUGCAGGGCUACCCAUAGCAGGGACCACUAAAGACAAAAAUAACAUGUCAUAACUCAGAAAUUUUGAACAACUAUAGAAAUAGAAAAGCUGUUUCCAAGUAUAGCAGACACUGUGCUGGAUGGAAGUUGUGUUAAGACAGUGCACUUCCUUCUGAAUUUGCACUGAACUGACACUGAGACUGAGCUCCAAGACUUAAACCAAUGAGAUAUGAGAUAUAAGUAACAGUGGACAAAUACAGCAUUGAGCUUACAACUGAAAUACAGGGUAGGUAUCAAGUUUUAGUAUUCUUUCCAAGUUGCAUCUUGUUUCAUCUGUCAAAAGCUUCUCUCAAGUUUCAUCAGAAGCUGGUAGACAUUGUUUCCUCUUCCAUAUUAUUUUGCUACUUACCCCAAAGGCUGCAUCUCAGUUCUGAAACUGCUGCAUUUUAGUAUCUAGUAGAAGUAUUCUUAUUUAUAGAGCAGUAUUACCUUCUCAGUAUCUACACAGCUCAAAUUACAACACAACAUUUUCAGCAAACGGAUCAAGAAUUCAUCCCAGGACCUGCAGUUAACCUGGAACUGCCUAGAAGCAGGUGGCAAGGUCUUAGAGAGGCAAGGCUCUUUAAGAAUAAACUGGUCAUGGUUAGUUUAUUCAUAUGGAUAUGGUACAUCUGCUGGGCAAGCUCAAGAAAGAGGAAACAACGGCUCCUCUAGUUGGGCAUGGAGCUCAGUCUCUGGGGCUACUGCCCCAGUGCUAAGGCUGCAGGAAAAACCAGCACCAAGGGGAACUCAGACGUCCAGUUCUGACACAGCAUCUCCCUCAUGCAUCCAGGAUUUUUCUAAUGAUUAAUGUCUUAAUGCUAGUAUGUUGGUAAGCAAAAAAACCCUACAAAUAAUGUUUUUUCUCAUUUUCUUUUUACAUUUUUUUUUCUUCUCAUGUGUUCUUAAUGGCUGCUGGGAAGCACUAAACAAACAUGUGAUUUCUAUGACCAAGCAGUUUGUAUUUAACAAUUCUGAGUAUCUUUACAUCUCUUUUUCAUAUGAGCAUAUAUUUUUUUGCAACUUUCUUGUAAUUUAUCUUGAUUUUUUGUCUACUUUUUAAACGGUCUAUUCAUAUUCUGGUUUAGUUCUUUAUCUGAAUUUAAUAUAUCAUAACAGUGUCCCCACAGUUUUAGAUAUUUGACUGGAAAAAAAUGGUCCUCUGCUAGUGUUAAGCCUGAUUACAUCUAAGUUUCAUUGCACUGGAAAACUACUUCAUAUAUAAAUCCAAUCCCACUAUUGGUAUUUCAAAUCUUUCUGUCUUAAAGCACUGCAGUUACGUCCCAAGCCUGCAAUCAGAUCCAUGUAGGUAAACUACUCUAUUGACAACAUCCCCCUUAAGUCAGACAGCUCUCAACAUGUACCCAUCCAGCUGCAGGAGAAAGAACACCUUUCAUAUUUAGAUUAAGCCCCAGACAUUCUUCCUAAAGCAAAAUGCCACUGAUAGUAUUUGGCAAUACCCUGCUAAAUAGCAAAGGCUAGUUUUUCAAUAUAAUUUUCCCCGUCACAGCAUCUUAACAGAAAUUAUUUCUCUUAUAUCUCAGUCUUUAAAUGAACAUCUCAGUUACUGAAAGUCUGAAGUCACCAGUAAUAGUUCUGGUUCCAGGAUAACAGACUCUCCUGUUUCACUAGCAACUUCUGACAUUGCCAAACAAACACUUAGUUCUUCUAGCUGUAGAAGUCUUUUUUUUAAUACUGCAAUCGUCAGGCAAUUUUGCAUUUUCAUUUUCUUCCUGAAAUGUCCUUAUGUAUGCAUACUGAUGGAUUUUUACAGGUUGUGUAUAUUAGCUUUCACUGGCUAAAAAUGAUUUCUGACAUUUUUAAAAAAACCUGAGACUUCUGCUCCUAGUUACAACUUUUGUUUAUUAAAACAGAAAAUACAAAUUGCAAAAAAACCUUCUUCUUUAUGGCUGUGUUAUCUACCUUGUCAAAAACUAACUCUAAAGUAGAAUUACAAGACUAUGUAAAUAAAUACAGACAUUUAACAAACAGAAGGGUUUGGUUGUUUUUUUAAACUACCUUGGCAAAAAUUAAAUGUGACAAAAAGAUUAGGGAUUAAUUUACAACUUAAUAGUAAGUCACCUGAAGAUACUCUCAACAUACCAGCAAAAGUAAAUGGGUUAGAAAUAAGACUGUACAUCACACAGUAUGAACAAUCUUUAUCCAUCAUAACUUCCUGUUAUUAAAUUCACAUUUUCUGAGUGCAUUUUUUCCUGUUCUGUAAUAGUUUCUGUUAAGCUUGAGCACUUACUGCAAGGUCAUAGUGCUGGGACUGAUUAAAAAGCACUGUUUAUUCUCUGCUCAGAGAGGCAGUUGAAAAUCCUGACCACACUUCUGGGUUUCCUAGUUACUAACUUGGCCAUGAGUUUAUCUCAGGAGCCUGGGACUCCACACAUUCAGCCCAACUGUGGACAUACGAGACUGUGCUCACUGUAUCUCCCAGUUAAUCCUCAGUUCUAAUUACAUUAAUGACUGUAACAGGAAAGUAGGUUUGAGGUUUUUUGGCCUCAUUCAGACUCCCUGGAAUACCACACUAACUGUAACCAUGAAAACAUCAUUUUUCGGGAGAAUUUGCGAACUAAAGGUCAAAGCAGCGCCUCAACCUGCACACUGUCCUAUGACCCUGCGGACGCACUCAGAUGUGAGGGAGGGCCAAGCCCAAACUGUUCCCCUUUACAGGAACCCUUCACAAGCUAAGUGGUGUUACACAGAAACAGGCCCCACUAAUAAUCAUUCCUGUAUCAUCAUAUACUUAUGUAACGUUUUAAACAUAUUUCCUGUCUUAGUUUAACAAUCCGAGAGCUCCCAGUUUCCUUUGUGUUGCAUAACACGAGACACAGACCAGCAAACUGACAUGGAGGGGAAUCUUAUUAAUUCUCCUUAACACGAUAAAAAUAAAGCCUGCUGGUACAAAUGUUCGAUCCGUGCCAAGGCUCGGGUGCCCAGCUCACGGCAGGAACCCCCGCUGGGAGAACGUGGCGCGUUCAAAUCGAACUCGCGGCCUUAUCCGGGACGGGUUUUGUUCUGCCUUGGAGGCAGUGCAGGUUUUCGGUUCCGCCGCCCGGCUCAGGCAGGUGCGAGCCCAACACAGCGCUUAUGCAACGGCGGCACGGCGGGGUCGCCCCGCUGUCCCCGGCGCUGACCCGGGCGCCCGGUCCCGCAGGGGGGCGGCCAGCGGCAGGCUCCGGGCAGCGCCCGCCCGGGCGGACCGGCUCCCCUGGGGCCGCCGCGCCGACAUCUUAGCGCCGGAGGGACAAAGCGCGGCGGCGCUGUCCGUCGGCCGGGCGCUGCUCGGCCGCCACCCCGGAGCCGCGGCUGUCGCCGGCCGUGAGUGACAGCCCCGGCGGGGAGACUUCGAAAGAUCGCAGCCCUGGCCCGGCGCCCCCCGGGCACAACAGCGGCGGGGGCGCGGGGGAGGGGGGCUGGAGGCAUAGCGCCACCGCCGCGCAGCCGUGCCUAUGCGCUGACCCCUGCGGGCGGUCGGGCCCCGCGGUGCCAGGGGAGCGCGGCGGCGUGCCGCCUCCCAGGACGGCGGGUCCCCGGCCGGCGCGGGCCGCGGCCUCCCGGCGGGUCCCGCUCAUUGUUCCCCGCACUAGCCCUGGCAAACAGGAAGCCGCCCCGGCAUGGGGCGCCCCCCCCGCCCCCGGCGGCUGACUGGCAGCCCGGGCGGCCCGUGCGAGCGGCGGCGGCGGCGCGGCGCAGCCAAUGAGAGCGCGCGCGCGCGGGCGUAGGCGGGAGUUCCGGGCUGGCAGGCGGGCGGGCGGGCGGCGGUGUCGGCCGGGCCCCCUCUCCCGCGGCAAGCCCCACCUUUCGGCUUUCCCGCACCGUCAAUCAAAAUAGGAAAAAAAACCCGGAGUAGGCUCGGGCCGCCGCCGCCGCUUCAGCCCGCCGUGAGCACAAUAAGCAUGUCCCCGGCGGCAGCCGCCUAGCCCCAGCCAGCAGGGCCUGUGUGCGAGCCAGCCAGCCUGCCUGCCUGCCUCCCGCCCAGCCAGCCAGCCAGCCGGCCGCUCGCACUCACACCAUGACCGCUCCCGAGAAGCCCGUGAAACAAGAGGAAAUGGCUGCCUUAGACGUGGACAGCAGCAGCCACAGCGAAUAUCUCCAGCACGGCAACGGCGCCGCCUCGGCCUCCGCCGGGGCGGCCGCCCCCCAGGACGCGCAGCCGUCACCGCUCGCUCUGCUGGCGGCCACCUGCAGCAAGAUCGGCCCGCCGUCGCCGGAGGAGGAUGAGGCCGCCGCCGCCGCCGCUGCCUCUCACUCUGCCGGAGCGACAGGGGAUUUGGCUUCUGUGCAAUUAGCUGGAGCUCCAAACAGAUGGGAGGUCUUGUCUGCAGCUCCUACCACUAUAAAGGAUGAAGCUGGUAAUAUAGUACAGAUUCCAGGUGCUGCCACAGUAACUUCAAGUGGGCAGUAUGUCCUUCCUAUUCAGAGUUUGCAAAAUCAACAAAUCUUUUCUGUUGCACCAGGAUCAGAUUCGUCGAAUGGUACAGUGUCUAACGUACAAUACCAAGUAAUACCCCAGAUCCAGACAGCGGAUGGUCAGCAGGUUCAACUUGGCUUUGCAGCCUCUUCUGAUAAUAGCAGUAUAAAUCAAGAAACUGGUCAAAUUCAGAUCAUUCCUGGCUCGAAUCAAACCAUCAUUGCCUCUGGAACAUCUUCAGCUAAUAUUCAGAAUAUCUUAUCUGGUCAGUCUGGUCAAGUCCAGGUUCAGGGAGUUGCAAUUGGUGGUUCGUCUUACCCUGGCCAAGCACAAGUGGUUGCUAACGUCCCUCUUGGACUGCCAGGGAAUAUUACUUUUGUACCCAUUAAUAGUGUUGAUCUAGAUUCUCUGGGACUUGGCAGUGGUUCUCAAACCAUGACAGCAGGCAUUAAUGCAGAUGGGCACUUGAUAAAUACCGGACAGGCCAUGGAUAGUUCAGAUACUUCUGAGAGGACUGGUGAGCAGGUUUCUCCUGAAAUUACAGAAACUGCCACUGAUAAUGACUUAUUUGUGCCAACGUCAUCUUCAUCACAAUUGCCCGUUACCAUAGACAGUUCAAGUAUAUUGGAACAAAAUGCAAACGACUUGACCACAACUAGUGGCCAAGUUCAUGGUUCUGAUCUUCAGGGAAAUUACAUCCAGACAUCAGUCUCUGAUGACACGCAGGCUCAGAAUAUUCAGGUCUCCACAGCACAGCCAAUUGUACAACACAUACAGCUACAAGAGUCGCAGCAGCCAACCAGUCAAGCCCAGAUCGUACAAGGUAUUGCGCAACAGACAAUCCACGGUGUUCAAGCAAGUCAAAGUAUAUCUCAACAAGCUCUUCAAAAUCUUCAACUGCAGCUGAAUCCUGGAACUUUCUUAAUUCAGGCACAAACAGUGACCCCUUCUGGGCAGAUAACCUGGCAGACAUUUCAAGUGCAAGGAGUUCAGAACUUGCAGAACUUGCAAAUUCAGAAUGCACCUGGUCAACAAAUAACUCUGACCCCUGUGCAGACUCUCACUCUUGGUCAAGUUGCAGCAGGUGGUGCGUUGACAUCAACUCCAGUUAGUCUAAGCACUGCUCAAUUGCCAAAUCUACAGACAGUUACAGUAAACUCUAUAGAUUCUACUGGUAUUCAGCUGCAUCAAGGAGAAAAUGCUGGCAGUCCUGCAGAUAUUAGGAUUAAAGAAGAGGAUCCUGAUCCAGAAGAGUGGCAGCUCAGUGGUGAUUCUACACUGAAUACUAAUGAUCUAACACAUUUGAGAGUGCAGGUUGUAGAUGAGGAAGGGGACCAACCACAUCAGGAGGGAAAAAGACUGCGACGAGUAGCAUGUACAUGUCCCAACUGCAAAGAAGGUGGUGGGAGAGGCUCCAACUUGGGAAAAAAGAAGCAACACAUUUGUCACAUACCAGGAUGUGGCAAAGUAUAUGGGAAGACGUCACAUUUGAGAGCUCAUCUCCGCUGGCAUUCUGGAGAGCGUCCAUUUGUUUGUAAUUGGAUGUUCUGUGGCAAAAGGUUCACUCGCAGCGAUGAGCUCCAGCGACACCGAAGAACGCACACAGGUGAGAAGAAAUUUGUCUGUCCAGAAUGUUCAAAACGCUUUAUGAGAAGUGACCAUCUUGCCAAACACAUUAAAACGCAUCAGAAUAAAAAAGGUAUUCACUCUAGCAGUACAGUGCUGGCAUCAGUAGAAGCAACAUCUGAUGAUACUUUGAUUACUGCAGGAGGAACGACACUUAUCCUUGCAAAUAUUCAACAAGGUUCUGUUUCAGGAAUAGGAACUGUUAAUACAUCUGGCACCAGCAAUCAGGAUAUUCUUACCAACACUGAAAUACCUUUACAGCUUGUCACAGUUUCGGGAAACGAGACAAUGGAGUAAAUAUUACACAAGAUACCUAUUAAUUGUGGUUAUUUUUAUACAGUAGUGAGAAGAAUAUUGUUCCUAAGUUCUUAGAUAUCUUUUUAUUGAUGUGCAAAAAUUUUUGGAUUGACAGUAACUUGGUUAUACAUGACACUGAAAUGCCUUACUUUGUAUGAUAUUCCAUAGUAUAUUAAAAUGGUAAAAUUGCAUGGGUUUUGUAGGUACUUUUGGAAUCUAGAAGAGAAGAAAUUUUACCAAGUUAUAUUAAAAAAACAAAAAAAAAGAAUUUAACGAUGGAAAUGGUAGUCUAACCAAAUGCAUCAAUCCUGUGUGGUUUAGUGUAAAAAAAAAUGAGAACAUGUUGGUAUUUAUCUAUUGUAAGAUAAAAGAAGUUGAUGGGUGAAAAGAAAUCACAUUAUGAUAAAAGAAAUUUUGUAAUUUUCUUGAUGACUGGAAUUUUUAUUAUGCAUAACUGACAAAUCAAGUUUCCAAGCAAAUGUUACAUAGUGUAGGCUUUACUUAGCUCAUCAACUUGUCAUUUUGAAGCUAAUUAUUUUAAUUAGGUUAACUAUGUACAAUAUUUUAAGCAUUACUCUUGUAAGAUUUUGCAAACUACAUUUUAACAUGGAACUCUAGGGAUAGUCACCUUUUAAAUCCUAUUGAAAAGCCAUGUUUAAGAUUUAAUUUGCCAAAAUGAUGUCUUGUUAAUAUUCUUUCAAUAACCAAGGUGGGCAAUAUAACCAAUGUUUAAAAAGCUUAAAAUGUUAAGAAAAAUAAAUAUGUAUAGGUUGAAGCAUUUGGGUGGUAAGGCAGAUGUUAUAGUGAAGUAUAUCCCUUCUUUUGAACAUUGGAGGACCAAAAAUAAGGUGUAUUGCGUCUCAGCAGUGAUUUUUAUCUAAUCUUUUUCCAAAAAAACCAUCUGUAUGCCAGGGCCUUAAAAGCCAUCAUGUAAAUUACCAGUAAAAUAUAACAUAUGCAAAUACAAAAGAAAAAUCACUUCCAUAUUGACAGUACUCCCAAACAUAUGGAUAUAGUCAUAGUGAACUAGGGGGGUUAUGAGGUUUUUGUUUGUUUGUUGUUUAGUUUUUGGUUAGUCAAUCUGCAUUUAAAUAUCAGCCAUCUUUCCUUUUUUGCUUCUUCCCUUAAAAAUUGUAUGUAUCCAGUACAUUUAACUGAUAAACAUAUAUGUUUUUUAUUAUGCUGAAUUUUCUUUUUAUUUUUUAAUUACUGUUUAUAUUUUCAAUUAUAGAAAAUGUACAAAAUGAAGUUAUAUAGCCAGUCUGUAAGUGCUAUACCAUUUUCAAAAAAUGUACAACAAUAAUUACUGCAGUUCACCUAUUUACAAACAUUUGGAAAUCUGUUCAUUUGUUAUUCUUAAAACCACCUCAAAUUUAAAGGCUACCUUAUUGUACGUUUAAAGUGUAUUAUAACAGUGUGGUAGUUAAUAAAACACUAUUUUUUUUUCUUUUGA